UCUUAGUGCUAUGGGUGAUCAUUUGGAUAUGCAUCUAGGAAAUCAGCUGGAUGUGGGUCGGCCGCUUGUGAAUGGAUACCUUGGCCCAAUGGUGUUUGCAACAGUUGUGGACUUGUUGCGAUUUGCUCAGUACUUGAGCUUAUGCAAGCAGCCAUUGGAGCCAUCGAGCUCAACUACACCGUGUCCAAGUGGCUCUGAUCAUGCUCAGUCAUCCGACUCGACCCAAUCGCAAGAGCGUGAAUUUGGGCUGUUUAAAAUGCUGGGUGUACCUGAACGUACCGUUUCUACCAUAAUCCACGCGCUUGUUAAUGCAGCCAUGACGCUAUACGAGUCGCAGAUUGGCGCAUGUGGUACAUGCUUGCCUAUUCUAGUGGAGUCGCUCAAGAGUGAUAUGAAUGUGCGCAGCGUGUCAGGAGCCAAGGAUAGAUUUACUGGCGAACCAGAUAGCACAUCGUUGCCGUAUGCAUUUUCUGUCCUGUUCCGUCACCAAGCAAUUGGUGGCGAUUUUACAGACGAUGCUGCUACAAGAUUACAUGCUCUUUUGCCAUGUGCACAUCACCAUCACAAUAUACAAGUAUGACAUGUAUAUCAAGGUUUUUUGGGCGGACUCGUUUUGAUAUUAUCAGUUUAGAGUCAUUCAAUUGUUAACGGCUAUCAAAUAUACAUAUCGAUUUAUAAAGAAAAUACAUUGACACUACUC